CUCUUAAACAUAGCGGAGUCAGGGGAUAUGGGGAGAAGGCAGGAACGGGGUACUGAUUGGGGAUGAUCAGCCAUGAUCACAUUGAAUGGCGGUGCUGGCUCGAAGGGCCAAAUGGCCUACUCUUGCACCUAUUGUCUAUUGUCUAUUGCCCGCUGAGUUACUCCAGCCUUUUGUGUCUGUCUAGCAAUGAAGGGAAAUGUAUAAGGGAAGUUCUCAGUGUACAGUACUCUUCUCUCUCCCUCUUUCAUUCUCUCUCACCUUAAACCUAUGUCCUCUGGUCCUCGAUUCCCCUACUCUGGGCAAGAGUCUCUGUGUGUCUACCCGAUCUAUUCCUCUCAUGAUUUUGUACACCUCUAUAAGAUCACCCCUCAUCCUCCAGCGCUCCAAGGAAUAGAGACCCAGCCUGCUCAACCUCUCCCUCCAUCUCAGGCCCCUGGCAACAAUAUGGAAGACAGACACAUAAUGCUGGAGUAACUCAGCGGGACAGGCAGCAUCUGUGGAGAGAGGGAGCGGGUGACGUUUCGGGUUGAGUGUCAGUCAGCAUCUGCAGUUCCUUCCAACACAAUGAUGUACGUGGGAUGUUCACAGUUUUAUUUGGACGCUAUUUGUGCCGGGGCCAAUAAGAUCAUGGGGGACCCCUUCCACCCCAGCAACGGACUGUUCCAGCUGCUACAGUCAGGCAAACGCCUCCGUUGCCAUGCUGUGAGAACGGAGAGGAUGAGAAGGAGUUUCUUCCCCUGAGGCCAUUCGGACUGUAAACUCCGAUCUCACCAGGGGCUAACUUUACGGUAUCAUUCUACUGUUUUUUUUUAAAUUGCUAUUUUGUUUUCCUUUUUCCUUCCUCCCACAAUAUGUAAUAUGUAAAAGAAUAUGUGAUUCUGUUCCAUUCUGUUUGUUUGUUUGUUUUUGCACAAAGUCCGCGAGCAUUGCCACUUUUCAUUUCACUGCACAUCUCGUAUGUGUAUGUGACCAAUAAACUUGACUUGACUUGACUUGGGUCCCUGUGCAGAUUGACGGCAUUUCCUCCUCUCUCUCUCCCUCUCAGCAGAAGGGGACGGGAAGCAGGUUCCCCGUGAACAUGGAGGCAGCAUUGACAGCUCGCGACAGAGUGGGAGUGCAGGACUUUGUGUUGCUCGAUUCCUACACCAGCGAAGAGGCCUUCCUGGACAACCUCCGCAAACGCUUCCGAGAGAACCUCAUCUACACGUACAUCGGCACUCUGCUUGUUUCUGUGAAUCCGUACAAGGAACUGGAUAUAUACACACACAAGAAGAAGGAACUCUACCAAGGAGUCAAUUUCUUUGAACUUCCGCCUCACAUCUAUGCCAUUGCUGACAACGCCUACCGGGUAAUGUGCACAGAGUACAACAACCACUUCAUCCUCAUCUCCGGAGAGAGCGGAGCUGGCAAGACCGAGGCCUCGAAGAAGAUCCUGGAAUUCUACGCCAAGACCUGCCAGACCACGGAGCAACUACAAGUGGUGCGUGACCGCCUCCUGCUGUCCAACCCCGUACUGGAGGCGUUUGGAAACGCUAAGACUUUGAAGAACGAUAAUUCCAGCCGCUUUGGGAAAUACAUGGACAUCCAGUUCAGCUACACGGGGGCUCCUGUGGGGGGCCACAUCUUGAGUUACCUCCUGGAGAAGUCCCGGGUGGCCCACCAGAACCACAGGGAACGUAACUUCCACAUCUUCUACCAGCUGCUGGAGGGAGGAGACGAUGAGCUGCUUCGCUGGCUGGGCCUGGACCGCGACCCGCUGCUCUACCACUACCUCAUCCAGGGUGAAUGUGCCAAAGUGAGUUCCAUCAACGAUAAACUUGACUGGAAAACCGUCCGCAAAGCGUUGUCCGUGAUUGACUUCACCGACCAUGACAUCGAUAACCUGCUGGGGGUAGUCGCCAGCGUUCUGCACCUGGGCAACAUCCAGUUCAUCGCAGACAACCACGGGCGUGCCAACAUCACCGUGGAUAAGCAAGUCCGCUGGAUCUCCAAGUUGCUGGGUGUCCACGUCUUGGUCCUGCAGGAGGGGCUGACGCACAAGAAGAUCGAAGCGAAAGCGGAAGAGGUUUUGAGUCCCCUGAGUGUUGAACAAGCUGUCUGUGCCCGGGAUGCGCUGGCAAAGGCUAUUUACGGGCGGACAUUCACCUGGCUCGUUAACAAGAUUAAUCAAUCACUCGCUAAUCAGGAUGCGACCAGGAAAACUGUGAUCGGACUACUGGAUAUCUAUGGCUUUGAAGUCUUUGAUGUCAACAGUUUCGAGCAGUUCUGUAUUAAUUACUGUAACGAGAAGCUGCAACAACUGCUGAUUGAGUUGACCCUGAAAUCGGAGCAGGAGGAAUAUCAAGUGGAAGGAAUCCAGUGGGAGCCAAUCCAAUAUUUCAACAACAAGAUCAUCUGUGACCUCGUGGAACAAAAACACAAAGGAAUUAUCUCCAUCCUGGAUGAAGAAUGCCUGAGACCCGGAGAGGCCACAGAUCUCACCUUCCUGCUUCGCCUGGAGGAGAAAGUGCCCGCUCACCCUCACUUCCUGACACACAAGUUGGCCGAUCAGAAGACAAGGAAGACCAUGUGUAGGGGUGACUUCAGGCUGAUACACUACGCAGGAGAAGUUACUUACAAUGUAACAGGGUUUCUGGAUAAAAACAAUGACCUCUUGUACAGGAAUCUCAAAGAGGUCAUGUGUAGCUCCACUAACUUCAUAGUGAAGGACUGUUUCGUCACGUCCGAACUAGACACAAAGAAAAGGCCUGAGACGGUGGCCACACAAUUCAAGUACAGUUUGGCGGGUCUUAUUGACAUCUUGAUGUCCAAGGAGCCUUCGUAUGUGCGUUGCGUGAAGCCCAAUGAUGCCAAACAGCCAGGCAGGUUUGACAACGUGUUGGUCAGACAUCAGGUGAAGUAUCUCGGCCUCAUGGAACACCUGCGUGUGAGGCGGGCAGGAUUCGCCUACCGCAGAAAGUUCGACCCCUUCUUGAAAAGGUAUAAGAUGUUGUGCCCAGACACGUGGCCGAACUGGCACGGACCUGCAUCCGAGGGGGUUGAACGACUGGUGAAGCACAUUGGCUACAAGCAGGACGAAUACAAGAUGGGAAAAACAAAGAUAUUUAUUCGAUUCCCAAAGACUUUAUUUGCCACCGAAGAUGCGUAUCAAGCCAGCAAGAAUGCCUUGGUUGCCAAGUUGCAGGCCAAAUAUAAAGGCAAACUCCAGAGGGGAGAGUUUCAGAAGCAGAAAAAGGCAGCAAUCAAGAUCGAGACUUGUUGGAGAGGAAUCCAAGCAAGGCAGGAUGCGGGGAAGAGAGCAUGGGCUGUGAAAGUCAUCAAAAAAUUUAUUAAAGGCUUCAUGCUGAGAAACCAGCCAGUCUGUCCGGAAAAUAAAGAAUACUUGGCCUUCGCUCGAUAUAACUACCUGAUGAACCUCAGGAAAAAGCUGCCAAAGAAUGUUCUGGAUAAAAAAUCAUGGCUCAAGCCUCCUGCCUUUAUGGCCACGACCUCAGAACUACUAAGGAAGCUGCAAAUGCGAACCUUAGUUCGAAAAUACUGCAGGGGGAUCUCAGCCCAGAGAAAACUGCAGAUGCAGCAGAAGGUUGUGGCUAGCACGCUGUUCAAGGGGAAGAAGGAUGGCUAUCUACAGAGUGUGACCAAGCCCUUCAGUGACAGUCGACUGCGUGAGGAGGACAUCAACCCCAAGGCUCUGCAGCUCAUUCGUAACGAGAGAAUUAAGUACGGUGUUCCCGUAAUUAAAUAUAACCGAAAUGGCUUCAAACCCAGGCCGAGACAACUGCUCCUGAUGCAGAACAAAGCCUACAUCGUUGAAGAGGAAAAACUCAAGCAGAAGAUCGAAUACUCGACCCUCAAAGGUGUCUCCGUCAGUAAUCUGAGCGAUGGCGUCUUUGUUAUCCACGUGCCCUGUGAAAACAACAAGCAGAAAGGCGACGUUAUUCUACAGUGCGACCAUGUCUUUGAGACGGUGACAAAACUCUGCACGAUGGCCAGCAAACAGAACAGUUUCAAUAUCGUGCAAGGAAGCCUGAAGUUCACGAUCGAACCGGGGAAGGAAGGUAUCGUCGACUUCACAUCAGGCCACGAGUCGCAGGUGUUCAAGGGGAAGAAUGGACAUCUGAUGGUGGUAAGUCCGGGACACUGGGGGCUGGAUCACGCCGCCCGCCACACCCCAUUGGCAGCAGUUUUACGCCCCACAUCUGAGGAGGGGAUUUCUUUAGCCAGUGGGUGGUGAAUCUGUGGAGCUCAUUGCCACAGACGGCUGUGGAGGGCAAGUCGGUGGAUAUUUUUUAAGGUAGAGAUAGAUAGAUAUUGGAUUAGUACGGGUGUCAGGGGUUAAGGGGAGAAGGCAGUAGAAUGGGGUUAGGAGGGAGAGAUAGAUCAGCCAUGAUUGAAACUAGACAAAAAUGCUGGAGAAACUCAGCGGUGAGGCAGCAUCUAUGGAGCGAAGGAAUAGGUGACGUUUCGGGUCGAGACUCUUCGUGCAUGAUUGAAUGGCGGAGUAGACUUGAUGGGCCGAAUGGCCUAAUUCUACUCCUAUCACUUGUGAUGUUAUGAACUCAUUCGGACGGAGAUACUGUAACGGCUUUUCCUCCUUGUCCUUCCACAGAUGACUCCAAGGGUAAAGUCUCGAUAGCCUUCGCUGGCGUUCGUUAUCUUCUGUUUCGAAAUUCCACGGGCAAUAUAGAUUUGCUGCAAGUCUCGAAGGCGGUCCUCGCUUCCCCCCCCCCCCUCUUCACGUCACGCCGCCGUGACCCCUUGCUGGAUGUCGUGCGUCAUUCACCAGUACGUUGUGUGUUGUGUCCAUAUCCACAGCCCGCCCAUCAACUGCAGCAACAAAGAGGGGCCUGAAAUUGAAAUGGACAGUUGCUUAGUUCAGAGAUACAGCACGGAAACAGGCCCUUCCCGGCCCACCAGGUCCGCGCCGACCAGCGAUCACCCCGUGCGAGACAGACAGACAGACACACACACACACACACACACACACACACACACACACACACACACACACACACAC